AUGGCGGAGCUCCGGGCCGGGCGGCUCGGGCCUGGACGGGGCGUGGAACGGACGAGCGGCCUCCGGGCGGUGCUCGCGAGGCCCGUUCGCUUCCUCUCCCGCGGGGACGCGUGGGAGUCCAUUCCAUUCUGCCGAGCGCGGCGGGAGGGACCGGAGCAGCCCCGCGGGAGGCCAGGAGAACCCGGGCACGCUCGGGACGAGGACCUGCGCUGGCGCCCGCCGCUGCUCCCCGGGCCUGGCUGCCUCGGACUGUGGAUUGUGACUGCAAGAAUGUCUUUUCCACCUCAUUUGAAUCGCCCUCCUAUGGGAAUCCCAACGCUUCCCCCUGGGAUCCCACCUCCACAGUUUCCAGGUUUUCCUCCACCUGUACCUCCUGGAUAA